AUGUCGAUCGCUGGAAAGGUGUUCACCAAGAUGCUCAAGACAAACUUGUCGAAAAAAGGGCCAGACGACCCCCUCUACGCGUUCAGUGUGGAUGCAAAGGGAAAGCAAAAGCGUGUAAUUAGAGACCUCCCUAAAGGGCUUUCCAAGCGUGAUCAGCGAGCUCUCCGCAAGAUUAGGAAACGAGCACAUAAUCUCGACAAGGGUAUGAAUCUGUGCGGUUUCCGAGUUGGCUACACCUUCUUCAUUGGUAUCAUUCCCGGCCUUGGUGAUGCUGUGGAUGCAAGCCUGAACUAUUUCCUCAUCGUCAAGCCCGCAAAGAAGCUGGAUAUCCCCGACAGUCUGGUUCACAAGAUGCUCUUCAACAAUGCUAUAUCAGCAGGAUUAGGGCUGGUACCCGUAGCAGGAGACAUCUUUUUGGCGGCGUGGAAGGCAAACUCUAGAAAUGCUCUCUUGCUUGAAGAGUAUCUUACGAUCAGAGGACAAGAAUACCUGGCAUCUCUUCACCAAGACACCAGCACAAUCAGCGCAUCAGAAGCUCUUGCUCAUGGUGUACCCCCGGAGGAUCUGAGAGAGUUGUUUGCGCCGGGGUCAGGUAUGGAGCAGCGCGAUGUUGAGGAGGGUGCAGGCAGCAGAGGAUUCUUUGGCAAGAAGAACAAGAAGGCGGCCGCGAAGUGA